AUGGACUUCACCGGCUCGCCAAUGAAGAGGAAGCAGUUCUCGACGUCAUUCACGAUCCACGAGGAUCAGGAUAUGGGUGAAAAUGAGACGCCGAUUCUUCACCGUAGCUCAAGCGGCUUGCCUUUGACCACAUCCAAAUUCGCCAACCGCCUCGCACCACCACAAAAAUACCAAAAGAUGGCGAAGGAGAACGACAGCCCCGUCAACGAGCUUCUGGCUCGGCUCACCCAACAGCAGGAAGCACUCUCUCGCAAGCGCGAGCAGAACCACGACCAGCCCACCGGCGACAGCUCUUCAUGUUCUGCCACUGACCCAUACGCCAAUACGCCACCGACCGAGAGCGCAGCUAACUCAGAUGGCCGUCCAGAUGCUGCAGAAGUUCUUCGCUUGCAGAAGGAACUCGAGCUGGCCAAAGAGCGCAUGGCGCAGAUGGACCUGGAACUAACCCAAUCACGCAUCACCAGGCACACUGUCGAAGAAGCCAUCGGCUCUCCUUUCCCGGCAGCCCAGCAGCUGGCCUUCAACAUCGGUGGCGCCGCCGCCAACAACAUGCAAGGCAGAGCGAGCCCCUAUCGUCCGCCGCAUCAUAUGCCAAACGGCGCUGUCGGGAAGUUGUGGAUCGACACAGGUAUCCCAAACGGCAGUGACAUGUACACACCUCACACCGGGCCUUCUCCUGUCUACCCACGUCCUGCGUCUGGGUUUGGUGCUCGCCAAGGCCAACAAGCAGGUUUCACACCACCGAUCACUCCUCUCGGAUUCCAGCAGUCCUUCGGUAUGCCAAACGGACCAGCUCAGUACCAGCAGGCCCCAAUCGGCACGAGGCUCUCGCCGACCGCCACAGACUUCGGACAGCAUAGGCAGGGUCCAUAUCAAGCAGGUCCGAGCCAGAGCACUACCUACGUCAACCCCAUCGAGCCACUCAACUACCGCCGUCUUCUCGACCGCAACAUGAGCUGCAACUGGAAGUACAUUGUCGACAAGAUUGUGUGCAACAACGACCAGCAAGCCUCCAUCUUCCUGCAGCAGAAGCUCAAGGUCGCCACCCCAGACCAAAAGUUCGAGAUCGUCGGCGCUAUCAUCGAUCAAGCGUAUCCACUCAUGGUCAACCGCUUCGGCAACUUCCUCGUCCAGCGUUGCUUCGAGCACGGCACUGGCGAGCAGGUCAUCGCCAUCGCGCAAGCCAUCCGCGGUAACACUCUGAACCUCAGCAUGGAUGCUUUCGGCUGCCACGUGGUCCAAAAGGCAUUCGACUCCGUGCCAGAAGAGUACAAGGCGAUCAUGGUGCAUGAGCUCCUGCGUCGCAUCCCAGAGACCGUCAUCCACCGCUACGCUUGCCACGUCUGGCAGAAGCUCUUUGAGUUACGCUGGAGCGGUUCGCCACCCCAGAUCAUGAAGUACGUCAACGAGGCUCUCCGCGGCAUGUGGCACGAAGUCGCUCUCGGCGAGACUGGCAGCCUGGUGGUUCAGAACAUCUUUGAGAACUGUCUCGAAGAAGACAAGCGUCCGUGUGUCAACGAGGUUCUUGCUAGCAUCGACGUCGUCGCCCACGGCCAGUUCGGCAACUGGUGCAUCCAGCACAUCUGCGAGCACGGCGCCAUCCCCGACCACAGCCGCGCCACCGACCACGUCAUUCGCUUCGCCACGGAGUACAGCAUGGAUCAGUUCGCCUCGAAGGUUGUGGAGAAGUGCCUCAAGAUUGGUGGGGCGGAAUUCCUCGACCGCUACCUCGACGUCGUCUGCGAAGCUCACCCCGAGCGCCCACGUAUGCCACUCAUCGACAUCGCCGGUGACCAGUUCGGGAACUACCUCAUCCAGUACGUCCUCAGCAACGCCGACCCGGAGCGUCGCGAGAUGGUCGCUGCCCACAUCCGCAAGCACAUGGUCUCCCUCCGGGGCUCCAAGUACGGCUCCCGCGUUGCCAUGCUCUGCUCCAACCCGGCUGUCGCCACACGCCCAGGUCCAGGAACUGGUCUACCUCUCGGUCGCCACAACAAUGGGUACUGUAGUGAUCGCUUCGGCGGCGAGCUCACUCGCUCCUACUCCAACGAGCGUCAGUACGGAGGCAUGAGCCGUGGCGGUUUCGGAGGUCCAUACCGCUGA